GGGGGGGGGGGGGGGUGGGAAACCAAGUGCGGUGGAUCUGUGAAGAUAUUAAAAUGAGGUGAUUGAUUGAUUGAUGUUUACUGGGAAGAGUUUAUUUUAGUGGUACGAGCUAUAAUUGUACCGAGGCUGUAGCCAUUAGCCAUACAUUGCGCAAUGACAAGGAGAAGAAUGGCUGGCAUCCUUGGAGGGUCAAUGUAUUUUUCUCACGAUGUGCUUUUGCGAAUUUCUUCCUUUUUUAAAAUUAAAAAAAAAUUGGAAAAAGAUGCGUAUCUGGCUUUGUUGAAGGAAGAAGAAAGAUAGUCCCUUUGUUUAUGAUGAUAGAAUGUACUUGUUGACUAACAAUGUGUUUUUUUUUUUGAACUAUAUGCCAAAGAUACCCUCACGAUCAUUUCUGAGAGCUAGCCUCUAUUUAUAUAAUAAAAAGAAAAAAAAAAAGUAGUGUAAUUGUAGAAAUAUUUGAAAGGGUGGUAAGGAAUAAAGAUAAACGACAGUAGUCGUGGUGUGUAAGCUGGUUUGAACACUUCACGUGAAUUAAAAAAAAAAUAGACGGCAGGCAAGGCUAGAGUCUAGACAAGCUCGUAUAAUCAAAACCGUUGAUGCUAUGUGGACUUGGUACCACUAAUUCCAAGCAAUCUAGUCAGGUUUUGGACAGGGGGUGUGGAACCGGUGCUGGAUCAGGGGAAAAGUCAACUAAUAGAGAGAGAGAGAGAGAGAGUCCGUGUAGUUGGUGGGAGGAGUUAAAAAACAAAAAAAAUGGGGGAAGCAACAGAGUCAGACUGUCAAACUGUGUGUUUGUUUCAUGAUCAAUCUCAAGGGAAAGGAAAGACGCAGGGCAGGGCUGGGCUGGCCAGGUUGUAUUCAGGGUUUAGGGAAAAGAUCAAUCACAUAUAAAUAAAAUUUGGGUGCGGGUGCUUCUUCUACGUACAUUUCCAUCUCCCCCUUCUCUAACCAACUGCCAUUAUUGGUUGGCUUUUGCUGCACAUCACCCACCCGUCAUUUGAUGUUUUUGGCUCCAGUCGUGUCAUACCAUUCAACCCCCCCCUCGCUUACUGCCAAUCCUACUCUCAAGGUUUGUGAGACUUGUGCAACUGGGGCCAAUCUUUGUCCAUGUUUCUUGCCGCCAGGAUUCUUAAAUAGCGUUCUGCUGGGUAGAGAGUGAAGGUGAAGUAUGAGGGGGUGGAACAUCCCUAGACGUUAUUGGAUUGUCAUCUUGACUUUCGCUUGCACUUGUGUUUGUUAUAUAGAACGAGUGGGUUUCUCCAUUGCGUAUACCAUUGCAGCGGAUGCAGCUGGAGUGAACCAAUCCAGUAAAGGCACUAUACUUUCUACUUUCUAUUAUGGUUAUGCUUGUUCUCAGGUCCCUGGAGGCUGGGCUGCUCAGAAAUUUGGGGGAAGGAAGGUUCUCCUUCUCUCUUUUCUUUUGUGGUCAUCCACUUGUUUUUUGAUACCGCUCGAUCCUAAUCGAGUUGUCCUCUUGGUGGUGGCCCGCUUGCUUGUUGGUGUUGCACAAGGGUUCAUCUUUCCCUCCAUCCACACUGUCCUGGCACAAUGGGUUCCUCCCCAUGAAAGGUCUAGAUCCGUGUCGCUUACAACUUCUGGAAUGUACCUAGGUGCAGCUAUGGGGAUGCUCGUGCUUCCGAGUCUGGUGAAAUUCAAGGGCCCUCAAUCUGUUUUUCUCGCUGAAGCAAUAUUAGGCCUUUCAUGGUCUGUGCUAUGGCUUCGAUUUGCAAGCGACCCUCCUCGUUCUGAGCAUCCAAAGGCCACUGCUGCUGGUUUUGGGGAAUCUUUACUGCCGCUCAAAGCUAGUCAAAAGGCAAAAAUGGAGAACGGAGGAACUGCUGUUAGAACAGCCAGAAUUCCAUGGAAGAGAAUUUUUGUCAGCUUACCAAUUUGGGCAAUUGUGGUGAAUAAUUUUACGUUCCAUUAUGCUUUGUAUGUGCUGAUGAACUGGCUGCCAACAUACUUUGAGAAGGGCCUCCAGCUGAGUCUUCAGGAAAUGGGUUCUUCAAAGAUGAUGCCUUACUUCAACAUGUUCAUAUUCUCAAACAUAGGCGGAGUGGUUGCUGACCACUUGAUCACAAAGAGAAUUUUGUCUGUGACGAGAACCCGGAAGUUCUUGAACACUGUAGGAUUUUUAGUCGCUUCUCUUGCUUUGAUAGCACUUCCUAUCUUUAGAACUUCCAGUGGGGCUGUCUUCUGCUCUUCUGUGGCGCUUGGCUUUUUGGCACUGGGAAGAGCUGGGUUUGCAGUGAAUCAUAUGGAUAUUGCUCCAAGAUAUGCAGGGAUAGUAAUGGGGGUUUCUAACACAGCUGGCACUCUAGCUGGAAUUAUUGGGGUUGAUUUAACUGGCAAAAUUCUCGAAGCUGCUACCACCACGUACUCAGAUCUUUCUAGUCCAGAAAGCUGGAGAUCUGUAUUUGUCAUACCUGGUUUGCUCUGCAUUUUUAGUACUUUCGUGUUUUUGUUGUUUUCAACUGGAGAGAGGAUUUUUGACUGAGGUAUGCCGCGCAUUGCUUGGAAUAUGGUCAUCUAAUAGAGAACUGAACAUAUAAAUGUCUUCUUGAGGCCCUCUGCCUCCUGUUCCAACAUACCACCUCUCUGGAAGGGUGUGUAUUAGUGAACAUCUAGAGUUGUCGAUAUAGAGUGGACAGCUUUAAGCAAUCCAUUUUUUUGAUUAGUCAGAGUGAAUUUCUAGAGGCUCAUAUGCCCAUUUUUCUAAAACACCAUGCUAGAGCAGUAUUAAUUUUUUUUUUUUUUUGGAAAAUCUUGUCACUUCCUUUGAGAGGCGGUACAUAAUUUGCUCUUCGCAAGUCAACAUUGGUAAUGUACUGUUGCGAAGCUGUGUAAUUUAAUGAAGAGACAUGUUUACCUUGCUAGGCAUGAAUGAACGUUGUAUCCUAGAUGCUAUAAAAAGAUCUUUUGUUCCCCUUGAAGAAUGAGAGAUUCCCUUGAUUUUUAUAGAAUGUCUGCUUGAAAUAUCAAUGAAUGAACAAUUCGUGAAUCAUUUGGUUCUUCGAA